CUUUUUUGACUGUAAUCCUGAAUUGUAGUGUCUGUAGUGUGUAUAUGAGCAAAUUAUCCUCUCUCUGUCUCUCUCUCUCUCUCUACUGCUCUUCUUUUGUUCUUGAGGCAGCUUCUGCUUUUCUGGAUGCAUAUGAUGACUGCGAAUUACCAGGCAGUCAAUCUGUGCCUAUGAUUCCGGAUGAUAUUGGCUUUUUCACUGAACAGAAUGCCUCAUUUUCCGUAAUAGUUGUAUAACUUAACAUAUUUGUCAAGAAAAUUAAUGCACUUUAUGGUUCUUGUUUAGUGCACUAUAAGCUCCACCUCAACCUAGUUCUCGGGUUUUCAAGUUAACCCCCUAGAAAGAGGAAGCAAACAGAAGAAGUUUUUGAAGAACCAUGGCAGAAGAUGAUAUGUACACGAAAGAUGGGACGGUAGAUCACCGUGGGAAUCAGGCUGAUAAAAGUAAAACUGGAACCUGGAAGGCCUGCCCCUAUAUUCUAGGAAAUGAAUGUUGUGAAAGAUUGGCAUACUAUGGGAUGAGCUCCAAUCUGGUACUUUACUUUAAGAAGCGACUACAUCAGCACAGUGCUACUGCUAGUAAAAAUGUCUUAAACUGGAGCGGAACAUGCUACAUCACCCCAUUGAUUGGGGCAUUUUUCGCUGAUGCCUAUCUUGGAAGAUAUUGGACCAUAGCCUGUUUCUCCAUCAUCUAUGUUAUUGGGAUGACACUUUUGACACUGUCAGCAUCAGUCUCUGGCCUAAAGCCAACAUGUUAUGGAGAAGAUAAUUGUCAUGCAACAGAUACACAAGCUGCAGUGUGUUUUCUAGCACUUUACCUAAUUGCAUUGGGCACUGGUGGGAUUAAGCCUUGUGUCUCAUCAUAUGGAGCAGAUCAAUUUGAUGAUACUAAUGAGGUUGAGAAGAAACGCAAAGCUUCUUUCUUCAAUUGGUUCUAUUUUUCAAUCAAUAUUGGUGCUUUUAUUGCUGGUUCUUUGCUGGUUUGGAUACAAGAUAAUGUGGGCUGGGGAUGGGGCUUUGGCAUCCCAGCAGUGGCCAUGGCAAUUGCUGUAUUAAGUUUCUUUUCAGGUACUCGGUUGUAUCGAAACCAGAAACCUGGAGGCAGCCCUCUGACACGUAUCUGUCAGGUGAUCGUGGCAUCCUUGAGAAAAUACAAGGCUAAAGUACCUGCUGAUGAGUCCAUUUUGUAUGAGACUGCGGAUGCAGAAUCUGCCAUCAAAGGAAGCCGCAAGCUUAAUCACACAAAAGACUUCAGCUUCUUUGACAAAGCGGCAGUGGUGGUGCAAACAGAUCAAGUUAAGGGCUCGGUAGACCCAUGGAGACUUUGCACUGUUAGCCAAGUUGAGGAGCUGAAAGCUAUUAUACGACUGCUUCCAAUAUGGGCCACAGGAAUCAUCUUUUGCACUGCCUCCAGUCAGAUGGGCACCUUGUUUGUGUUGCAAGGCGCCAUCAUGGAUACUCGCGUUGGUUCCUCUUCCUUCGAGAUCCCACCUGCAUCUCUGUCGAUCUUUGACACCCUUAGUGUCCUUUUUUGGGUCCCAGUCUAUGAUUGUAUCAUUGUCCCAUUAGCUAGAAAAUUCACAGGUCAUAAAAAUGGCCUAACUCAACUCCAGAGGAUGGGCAUUGGCCUCUUCAUAUCCAUCUUUGCCAUGCUUUCUGCAGGAAUUUUGGAACUCGUAAGACUUAGAAGUGUUAGAAGGCACAACUACUAUGAACUUGAGCACAUGCCCAUGUCCAUAUUUUGGCAAGUUCCUCAGUAUUUCAUCAUAGGGUGUGCAGAAGUUUUCGCAUUCAUUGGGCAGUUAGAGUUUUUUUACGAGCAAGCACCUGAUGCCAUGAGGAGUCUCUGCUCUGCUCUCCAACUAACCACCGUGGCACUGGGGAGCUACUUGUGCUCUCUACUUGUAACCAUUGUUACCACAGUGAGUACUAGGCACGGGAAGCUUGGAUGGAUACCAGACAAUCUGAAUUAUGGUCAUAUUGAUUACUUCUUUUGGCUCCUGGCCGUUCUGAGUGUGCUGAACUUGGGAGCUUUUCUCUUCAUUGCAAAAUGGUACACAUAUAAAAGGCCUGUGGGGACUCUCAAAUGAUGGGUUACUCACUUACUCU